AUGCGUUCAGCAGGCAGGUCAUGGCUGCUGCUUACAGGUUUUAUUCUGUUUUAUGUCAUCUACCUGCUGUUCGGAGCCCUGAUUUUCUCCAGCAUCGAGCGGCCGGUGGAAGAAAAGUUGCGACAUGACAUGGAAGUCCUGAAACGGGAGUUCCUGAACCAGAGCUGCGUCAGCGCCGCGUCCCUCGAUGACUUUCUGCUCAGAGUGCUGGCAGCCAACAAGUACGGCGUCUCCGUCCUCGGAAACGUCUCCGUCACCUCAAACUGGGACCUGGCAGCGUCCAUGUUCUUCGCCAACACCCUGGUCACCACUAUCGGUUAUGGCCAAGCCACUCCUCUGUCCGACACUGGGAAAGCCUUUUCCAUCUUCUACGCCUUGAUAGGAGUUCCCUUCACCAUGCUGGUGCUCACCGCCUGCGUCCAGAGGCUCCUGUACCCUCUGGUCCUCGCUCCGGUGAGCCUGCUGCAGCGUUCGGGCCUGGAGCCUCGCUCAGCCACUGCCUUCCACUUCAUGCUGCUGCUGUUUUUGGUGGUGCUGUGCUUCUUCGUGGCGCCGGCGGCUAUCUUCACCGUGGUGGAGGGUUCCUGGACGUUUUUGGACGGCAUCUACUUCUGUUUCAUCUCCCUGUGCACCAUCGGGCUGGGGGAUUUUGUGCCGGGGAUGCAGUCUGGGCAAAAAUAUAGGCCACUGUAUCUUGGUUCCGUCAUGGUGUACCUGUUUUUGGGUCUGAUGAUGAUGUACCUGCUGCUGCGCACCUUUCACAAGCUGUCCGACAUACACGGCCUGACCACCUUGCUGCAGCUGCCACGCUGUGAGGACUCGGACUCGGAUGAGGACAGAGAUCCCAUCGUGGAUCGCGGCGAGGCGUCUCAGAGCCAGACAGAAAAGGCAGCCAGCAGGCCCCUCGAGCCAGGAUCGCAGGUCUCCUACAACACCAUCAGCAAAGGCUGAGCCGUGGGGAGGCGGAGAAAAGGGAAAGCAGCAGCAUCUCUCACAGUCCCUACACCUUGAACCGGUGCUGGAGCACGAGGACUUGGUGGGCUGAAUCUGAAAUCUUGUCUGUUUUUCUCUUGUUAAUUUUUUUUUUUCCUUUUCAACUCAUUUAAAACAUCCAGUGAGGAGGACGUCUGAAAGAGGACUGAGAUGAGUUUUAAGAUUCAGUAUUUGUGAGAGGGACCACCAAAGAGCUUAGGAGUGCUGCACACAGGUAAGGACUCUCCUAACAGGGCUAAAAGGAACACAUUUCCUCUUACACACCAGUGUAGCUGUGGAGUUUACAGCCUCAGGAUUGCACACGAUGGGCUUCAACCUCAAACUUUUUUUGCAGUUUAUUAUUAUGAUUUUUUUUUCCUCUUUGCCUCUUGCUUUUCUGCCACAGGUUUGGGUUGCUUGUACAGGACAAACAAAUACUGUCUUUAAUGUAAUUGUGCUUAAGCUGAAUGUAAUAUUUCUCUAGCUUUGUGUUUUUAUGUGGGCGCAUUCAUUAUCUCCUUCCUGCUCACACACCUCCCACCUGUCCCAUCCAGUCACGUUUGUAGCGGCGAUCAGAUCGUUAAAGCUCGAGUUCAUUACCUCAGAUUAAUUAUUUGAAACUGUGUGAGCUUUAAGUGGAGUCUUGUAAAAGUAGCAGCCUUUAUGUGGGUCAGUCAUGAAGCUGAGCAGUGUACCUCUUGCUUUAUGGCGCUGCCCUCUAGCGUCUGUUCAUAUGUAUUGCAAAAUAUCAAUACAAAUACACCUUUGAAACUGCAACAAACGUAUGAACAGGAGGAACAGGAAGGAAAAUGACACCAACUAAAUGAAAUGAAGUGUUUAAUGUGAUGAAUAAUUUUAAAAGAAACUGGAGACCUGUCUACAUCUGUGAUUUCUGACCAUCAGAGAAACACUUGAAAUGCACUUUAAUGUUCACGUCAGUUUUACCAUUAAAGUCAAAUGAUUAGUGAAGUUAUCAGAUACUGUAAAAUAAGUGUGUGUUGUAGUAAAAUGUAACUUGUAUUCACA